GAUAGAUAAAACGGGCAAUCCCUCGAUGAGGAGAGAGUCAGAAAUCUUCCGGAGCAGAAGCCCAGCAGGACUGCUCUCCGUCAUCAUGGAUAGGCUAGCCUUCUGCUGCCUGCUCUUCAUAGGACUCCUGAACCCACUCCUGUCCCUUCCCGUCACUGACACCGGUGAAAAGACCCUUCAGCUUCCAGUGCUUGAAGAAGAUGCUCGCCUGGCUCUGGGGGAGCUGGAGAGGACUGCCCUCCUGCAGACACUGCUGAAGCAGACAGUGGGCACAGAGGCAGGUGAAGGCCUCAGGGAAGCAGAUCCCAGUGCUGACACUCCCACCCCACGGGGAAGCCUGAGAAAGGCUUUCUCUGGACAACACUCCAACACUGUGCUGAGUCGUCUUCUGGCAAGAACCAGGAAACAACAUAAGCAGCAUGGGGCUGUCUCAGAAUGCUUCUGGAAAUACUGCAUUUGAAGAGAUACGAGCACGGAUUCGUCUCCUCAGAACCACCACUUUAGAAAAUUAAAAACGAAGAUGCCUGAAGAGAAAUCAGGCUAA